UCUGUUGAAGGAAUUCCACGACCCACGAUAUCGUGGUUUCAUGAUGGUACAGAGAUGUUGUUGGGUGACAAGAGAAGAAGAAUCCUUCCAGAUGGUUCUUUAUAUUUUAGCAGUAUUACACAUACUAAAAGUAGUCGGCCGGACGAAGGCCGAUACCAGUGCCGUGCGUCGUCACGCAUUAGAGGUCAAGAUUAUAUAGUUUUAAGUAGAAGUGCUCAUCUAAGAGUUGCUGGUAUGUCUUCAAAAGUCACAUUAGAACCAGCAUCACAACAAGUCAUUUUCGGUGAUGUAGCAAGAUUACUUUGUAGGGUUCGGCAUUCAAUGCCAAAAGCAAAAAUUACCUGGAAAUUCAAGCAAAAAGAUGGAACAUACAUAUCAUUAACAWCAUCAAAUAAUAAACAUACUUUAUUAGAUAAKGGCGUAUUACAAAUUAGAAAUGUACAGUGGUCAGACGCUGGGGAAUAUGUGUGUACUGCGACGAAUAAACUAGCUAUGAGGAUGCGUUCAAGUAAUGCUGCUGUUCUAACUGUCGAUGCCAAUAAAGGAAAUACAAGAAGACUAGAUUUUGAAGCUUCUCCAACAAAUACAAACACCACAAAAGGCAGUAGGGUUGUGCUGGAGUGUGCUCUCCGCGGCAAUCCAAAACCAUCUAUAGAGUGGUAUAAGAAUGCACAGCUUAUAGCAUAUGACAAUAGAGUCAAAAUCUUGGGAGAAGGCAAUCUUGAAAUCACUAGUGCGRUGCCCGAUGAUGAUGGGGAAUACAAAUGUCAAGGAUCGGCAGGCAGUCUAAGCGUGUAUAAGUCUGUGACGCUGCAAGUUCACUAUCCUCCAACAUUUACUUCCAAACCUUCAAACAAGAAAGCACAUAUAGAUGACACUGUAAAAUUCAAGUGUGCUGUUGACGGCAGGCCAACGCCCAACGUGAGUUGGUAUAAAAAUGGUUACAAGCUACCACCCAACUCAGAUUAUAUGCGCUUCACCCCUGGAUCAAUGACCGUCGAGUUGGUGUUACCGUCCGAUGCUGGCAUUUACCAGUGUGUCGCUAGUAAUUAUCUUGGGGAAGAGCAAACAUCUGCUGAACUUUCUGUUUUUGAGAAAGGUAUCGCUAUUCCCACUCUUGCCCCGACGACAACACCACCACCACCAACCACCAUCCAACCAACCACUCCAUCCACGCUACCUGGUAAACUGGCAUAGUGCACGAUCUGUGAACGGGUUUUUAUGCUGAAGUCAGCGCGCGCGCGAGGAAAUUUUCUAUUCCUUAGUAGCCCGCGUCAGUUGUUUGAGGCCGGUGCCCACUAAUUGAGAAUCAGUUAUUUUUUUAAAUGACUAAGUGAAUUGUUUCAACCUAUCCAAAGGUUGUUAAAUUCUGGUUAGAAAAGUAAGGUCAGUCAUCCUAAUUGACUGACACUAUGUUUUCUUUAAGGCGCUGAAAUAAGAGACACAAAAACGUUCAACUUGUAGCCAGGCAACAUUGUUGCGGUGCAAGCUCGAAAACAAUGUUGCUGGUUUUACACCAUAUCUAUCCAACUUGUCACGCAACAAAAUCUUUCGUUGCAAGUUGGGAAAACUUGUUGCGAAAAGUAGAACGUAAAUCAACUUUCUUCGACAAAUUUGCGAUUUGUUUCUCGUUUUUCAUCACUCGUCAACUUGUCACGCAACAUUUUAUAUACAGAAGCGGCCGCCAUCUUGAAUUAUGUAGCUUGUAGCCAAUCAGCGUGAAGAAUAUCACCGUGAUAGUCCCAAUUUGCAACAUUAGAUUUUGUUGCGUGACAAGUUGGAUAGAUAGGAUAUAAAACGAGCAACAUUGUUUUUGAACUUGCACCGUAACAAUUUUUGUGUCCCGUAUUUCAGCGGUUCUACUGAAUUAUACCCCUACUUCAAUGACUCUAAUCAAGAGAGCACGAAGCUAAAAAAUUAUAUAUUUUAUAGCCAACUAUUAGAGCAAGAGAAUAUUUUCUGACUGUGGAUAGUUUCUGUCCAUACUCUUUUCGAAACCAUUAUUUUUUGUAAAUUUCAUUUCACAAGGUUACUUUGGCAUUUUCUUUUAUAAUUUAAACAAAGGAAAAAUAGGAAGACUAUUGGGUUGGAAGCCCGGGGGUCACUCUUGCCCGUUUAGGGUAGGGAUGUGCCGCUGAGCCCUCUUCCAUGUUCCAGAGUAAAAUCACUGAAAUUCAUACCCUGUUCCAGAGCAAGAUUACUGAAAAUCAUAACCUAUUCUAGUAUCGCAAAAAUAGAUACCCUGUUCCAGAGAGGAGAGAGCGUGAUUUCAUAUGCCCUGUUCCAGAGCGAGCGCGAUUUUAUGUGCCUGUUCCAGAGUAGAAUCGCUGAAAACCAUACCCUGUUU